UGUACUGGUGAUGUAUUAAUCUGUUUAUUAUUGUCAGGUUUGCAUUGUUACAUGAUGACAAAUGGACACAACUGCAACAUCUAUAACUACAGUUUAUAUAUAGAACUAUUUAACCUGCAAUGGUGGACUCUGUAGUCUCUUUUGUGGAGAAAAACGUAUCUAGCGUGAAUAACAGGGAAUAAAACCAAAUGUACACCGUAGCCAUGAUGACCUUAUAGACUUCUUUUUUUUUUACCGGUUUUUAGCUGGACUUUCUAAUAACUAGAUACAUUAAACUACUAGAAAUAUAUUUUCAAAAUCACUGAAAAAGAAAAAAAAAAGAAAGGGAACCUACUUCCUGUGAUCUUCAGGACUUCCUGUUGAGUGUGUUUUACCCUUAAUAUUUCAUAGGAGUGACAUGUGUUUAGGUAAAAGGGUGAGAGAAUAUUUUCAGAAUCUUAUCGAAAAGGAUUGACGCACUAAUGCAGAAAUAUUCUUUUCUUUAGGAUUAUAUGAAGGGAGAAAGGGUUUAGAUAUUAUAUGCUUUACUGGAUUUAUUGCCUGUGUAUAAAAUGAUCAGUGGGACAGACGGUUAUAUUACUUCUCUAUUGUCAGUGUAUUAUUGAUUAAUUGAGCUUAUCAGAAAUAAUCCACUUCUCAAACACUACACUAGAUUCCGCCCCUUUGUGCACGCAGCCAAUCAACAGCCUUCUUGAUUUCCUCUCCUCGUAUCGCUUAAUGAUCUUUAGUGCUGAGGUUAAAGCGAGACUGAAGGCUGCAGAAAACACACUUGUACAUUUGUGUUCUGGAAACAAAACCACUGAAGGAGAUGAACCACAGCGGUGCAGAUCAGGACUGUGAGUCCACACAGAUGCUACACUAUCUCAGGUAAACUGCAUCUAUCACCUUACUGUGAUUACAAAGACCUUUAACUUUAACUCAUAAAACUGAAUACUGAAGUAUCGAGUCUAUUUUCAUACGAACAGUUCGUUGCAUUUGAACCAUGAAAACAGAUGAUUUAUGAAUGAUUUUUGUUAGAGGUCUUCAGUGGGUUCAGGGAAAAUACAGAUCAUGAUGUGAGAUGUUUGCUUCAGAUAAUAAUGCCAUUUAUUUAUAGCUGCUUGUUAUCUGAGAAAUAGUGGAAAUGAAAUAAUAAAUGUGUCACAAGUUUCCUUUCUCACACUUUAGGUUACUCUAUAAUUAAUAAUCUGGGAUUUUAAAUACAAAGAGAAAGAGGAGACAGCGUGAGAAUGUUCUCCUUGAUCAGUCCUUUUAUCAUGUAAUAUUAAUGUUCAACCUGUUGGGUUCUACAGUUACACCAUGUCCACAGUGCUAUAAAUCUUCUGUUUUGUUCUGAAUAGAUAGUGAUACAAAUGAUCACCAUCGAUUAUGAUGAGCCAUUCAGCAGAUUUUAAUGUCCUAAUUAAAACUUCUGUUGAUUUUAUAUAAGUGAGAUCACUACCUGCUGUAACAUGACUUUACACAACCAGGCCCCAGCUGCUCAGGAGGAGCACCAGGCUGAGCACCUGCAGUUCUUCAGUAGGGGUUUCUCAGCUUUAUCCGGUGCCACUUAAUGUUACGGCGCCUUGGGAAACACUGCAAGCUGAGGAGCUUUAGUGACCAUGUACAGUGAACGGUGUACCGGUGACACUGGAUGUGUAUUGAAAUGUGCAGCUUAGAAAUUUAGACAAUCCCUUAGGGCGUGGUAAAAAAUGUUGUAUUCAACAAUCCCAUCAUAAAGAUCUCUUGACUCGCUAUGCAACCAAACGCAGAAAUAUAAAGCUGGGUUGAUUUCCCAUAGUGCAAUAAAUAUUAAUGAAACCUGUUGUCUUUGUGAGGUACCGAAGUGCUGACAUCUGUUCCUGAAGUUUACACUUUAGGGUAGAUGCUCCCCUUCGUGCGGAGCCGUCUGCUUCCUGAUCAAUACCCAGUCAGGGCUCAGGAACUGAGGAGCUGAGCUCAAAUAGACCCAUAGAUUUUAUAAGGUCAGAGCUAGAGUCUGUUGUCAGUUCAUGCUUGGGCUUCUCAAACUGAUGGGAUAAAUAUUCAUACAUAACCAACUGAUGAUUCAGUGUGAUGUCGAGUGCAAAGAAAAUCCAGUCAAAACAAGACGUCAGAGUUCUUCUAUAACUGUUAUUGGCUUGUAAUUGGCUUUCUGACAUUUUUUUGGCAGAAAUAUAUAUUUAUAGAAUAUAUAUUUAUACUGAUGAUUUCUUUACAGUAAAGAGGAGGCUGUUGCUAUGGGGACGGAGUUGCUGAGGGACUAUCACUUUGGUCUGCAUCAGCUGACAGAGAUUUUAGGUCAUGCCUGUGCAGUUGCCAUCACAAAGACGUACCCCCUGAGCACUCUGGGUAAGAGGCAGCCCACGGUACUGGUGGUGUGUGGGCCAGAUCAGAACGGCUGCGUCGGUUUGGCAUGUGCACGCUAUCUGAGAUUAUUCGAAUACAUGCCUACUGUCUUCUAUCCAAAACGGUCCUCACAAAGUCCUCACCUGGACUUUACUGUACAGUGUGAGAAAAUGGACAUUCCCUUCUUGUCCUACCUGCCGACUGAGGUUCAGCUUAUAAACGACGCAUAUAACCUGGUGGUGGAUGCACUUCUGGGUCCAGAGACAGAACUGGGGGCCGCAAAAGAACCCUUCAGCAGCAUCAUGCUUACUCUACGAGGCAUCAAAAUCCCCAUCGCCAGCCUUGACAUCCCUUCAGGAUGGGACCCUGACGAAGCCAGCGUGGAUGGGAUUAAUCCCAACCUCCUGAUAUCACUGAUAGCACCAAAGAGAUGUGCACUCAGUUUCUCUGGGACACAUUUACUAGCUGGACGCUUAUUGCCCUACGAUAUUCAGAAGAAAUAUGAACUCAACCUCCCCAAGUUUCCCAGUACAGCCUGUAUAACUGAACUACAAUAAGUCAAGUCUAAAUAGGACUUUCAGGAAACUUCCAAAUAAAUGUAUGACCAUUAUUCUAAUAAAAAAAAUUAAGAGCCAUUUUUGGAGAAUGUACUUUAUUGGUAUAAAUGGUGAGACUUCGGGCACAAAAUGUGCAUCCUAUUUACAGUGCAUUUAAAAAACAACUGGACAGAAACCAAUGUUCUGUCUACAAACUAGGAAUUCUCCUUCAUGUGCCAAUUAAUCCCAAUUUGUCUUCCAUCAAACCAUCAGGUACCAAAAGAUCUCCAACUCCCAUUACAGCUGACUCAAAGAUCAACAACCGGCACCAUUGUGGCAUCGUGUUUCUCUACAUCUUUGUAGUGACCAUUGGGUCAUACCUGUUAAAAGGGCAGGGGGAAAAAAGUUAACAAAUCAACUUUGAAUUAAAAAGAUAGCCAAAGUUUAGAAAAUUUCAAAAAGACACUCACCUCAACCUUCAGUCUUAAAAGUUGAUCCCCGUUACACAGAAGUCUCGAUGAAUGAAAGUCAUGGCCCAAAAGGCAUCUUCAUCCUACUGAAAAAACAAAACAAAAAAAAAGGCAUUCGCUAAACAAGAACAAAAUCAACAAUGUAAAAUAAAA